AUGCGUUUCGCGAAGGUUUUUGGCCUUUUCGCGGCUGCGUCGCUAGCAUAUGCUGCGGCCCCUACCGCUGACCUCGCUGUCCGUAUUGAUGAUGUUGGUACUGCCGAUCCCUCUACUUCCGUGUGCACUACCCUCGUUACUACUACUGGCCUCAUCCCCAGUGCCACCGCCUGUACUUGCGGUGAUGGACCCGGCAAGGGUCUUACUUCUGUUAUUAAUUCCGUUCUGGAGACUGUUCAGGCUCUGCUCAAAGGUCUGUCUAAUGCCGCCAGCAAUAUUGCUGCUCUUACCCCUCUGCUUGCUGCUGUCACCGCUGCCGUCGACGCUCUACUUACCGCCCUUAGUGGUGUCACCUGUCUUACUGGUGAUGCACUUCUGUCAAUCUUCAAGAUCGUCGAUAACUUGGUCAGUGUUAUUGAGAAUGUUGCAGACCAACUAGCUAACAGUGGCAUUCUCUUGACUCCCAUUCUCAAGGCUAUUCUCAAGUCGCUUAUCAAGAGUUUGAACGAUAUUGUGGCUACACUUGCUGCUAUUCUUGCCAAGUCUAGUGGCUGCUACGACUGCGCAGAUAUCGAUACCAUCAACAACCUUAUCAGCAGUGUCAACAAAAUUGGCUCCACUUUGUCCCCACCUUCCUCUAUUCCGUUAUUGACACCUUGCUCUAGCGGUCCUAUUACUCUGACUUCGGUUGUUCCUUGCCCAUCUAGCAAUGUGACCCCGUCUGAUUCAGGUGCCAAUUCUGGUUCUAUUGUCCCUACCGGUUCUGGUGCUUCUGUGUCUUCUACGCCUAGCGACUCUACUACUUCUGGAUCUCCUGCGCCUAGCGACUCUACUGUUUCUGGAGCUCCUGCGCCUAGCGACUCUGGUGCUUCUAGCUCUGCCACUCCUAGUGGUUCUGCUACCCCUAGCGGCUCUGCUACUUCCGAGCCUGGCACUCAGUUUGGCUCUGCUACACCUACUGGUUCUGGUGCUUCCGGCUCUGCUACCCUUAGCGGCUCUGGUGCCUCUGGAUCAGGUGCUCAAUCCGGCUCCGCCAUACCCAGUGGUUCUGGCGCUUCUGGCAUUAAUUCCGCAUCGGUUACCCCGAGCGGCUCUGGUGCAUCUGGCACAGCAGCUCACUCUGCGUCUGUAUGCACUAGCAUCAUCACUACCGUUGGUCUUACUCCUAGUGCUACUGCUUGUGCUUGUGAUGAUGGACCCGGCAAGGGUCUUACUUCCGUUCUCAAUUCCGUUCUGCAGACUGUUCAAGCUCUGCUCAAUGGCCUUUCUGACAUUGCCGGCCAUAUCGCGCUUCUGGGUCCUUUGCUUGCUGCUGUCAUCGCUGCUGUCGAUGCUCUUCUCGGUGCCCUUAGUGGUAUCACCUGUCUCGCUGGUGAUGGACUGCUGUCAAUCUUCAAGAUCGUCGACAACUUGGUCACUGUUAUUGAGAAUGUUGCUCAACAGCUCGCUAACAGCAGCGGUAUCUUGGCCCCCAUUCUCAAGAACAUUCUAGAGUCGCUUAUCAAGAGUUUGAACACCAUUGUUGCCACGCUUGCUGCUAUUCUUGCCAAAUCUGGUGGCUGCUACGACUGUGCCGACAUCGAUACCAUCAACAACCUUAUCAGCAGCGUCAACAAAAUUGGCUCUACGUUAUCGUCGCCUAUCGUCAUUCCGCUGUUGACGCCAUGCACUAACGGUCUUGUUACUUUGACGUCUGUUGGUCCUUGCCCAGCUAGUUCCAUGGCACCCUCUGGCUCUGGGGCUCAAUCUGGUUCUGCUACUGCUAGUGGUUCUGGUGCCUCUGGCUCUGGCACCCAAUCUGACUCUGCUACUUCCACCGGCUCCGGUGCUUCUGGCUCAGGAGCUCAAUCUGGUUCUGCUACUGCUAGUGGUUCUGGUGCUUCUGGCUCUGGCGCCCAAUCUGGUUCUGCUCUCGCCACCGGCUCCGGUGCUUCUGGCUCUGGGGUUCAAUCUGGUUCUGCUACUGCUAGUGGUUCUGGUGCUUCUGGUUCUGGCGCCCAAUCUGGCUCUGCUACUUCCACCGGCUCCGGCGCUUCUGGCUCCGGCACCCAAUCUGGUUCUGCUACUGCUAGUGGCUCUGGCGCCCAAUCUGGCUCUGCUACUUCCACCGGCUCCGGCGCUUCUGGCUCCGGUACCCAUUCUGGUUCUGCUACUGCUAGAGGUUCUGGUGCCUCUGGAUCAGGUGCUCAAUCCGGCUCCGCCAUACCCAGUGGUUCUGGCGCUUCUGGCGCUAAUUCCGCAUCGGUUACCCCGAGCGGCUCUGGUGCAUCUGGCACAGCAGCUCACUCUGCGUCUGUAUGCACUAGCAUCAUCACUACCGUUGGUCUUACUCCUAGUGCUACUGCUUGUGCUUGUGAUGAUGGACCCGGCAAGGGUCUUACUUCCGUUCUCAAUUCCGUUCUGCAGACUGUUCAAGCUCUGCUCAAUGGCCUUUCUGACAUUGCCGGCCAUAUCGCGCUUCUGGGUCCUUUGCUUGCUGCUGUCAUCGCUGCUGUCGAUGCUCUUCUCGGUGCCCUUAGUGGUAUCACCUGUCUCGCUGGUGAUGGACUGCUGUCAAUCUUCAAGAUCGUCGACAACUUGGUCACUGUUAUUGAGAAUGUUGCUCAACAGCUCGCUAACAGCAGCGGUAUCUUGGCCCCCAUUCUCAAGAACAUUCUAGAGUCGCUUAUCAAGAGUUUGAACACCAUUGUUGCCACGCUUGCUGCUAUUCUUGCCAAAUCUGGUGGCUGCUACGACUGUGCCGACAUCGAUACCAUCAACAACCUUAUCAGCAGCGUCAACAAAAUUGGCUCUACGUUAUCGUCGCCUAUCGUCAUUCCGCUGUUGACACCAUGCACUAACGGUCUUGUUACUUUGACGUCUGUUGGUCCUUGCCCAGCUAGUUCCAUGGCACCCUCUGGCUCUGGGGCUCAAUCUGGUUCUGCUACUGCUAGUGGUUCUGGUGCCUCUGGUUCUGGCGCCCAAUCUGGUUCUGCUCUCGCCACCGGCUCCGGUGCUUCUGGCUCUGGGGUUCAAUCUGGUUCUGCUACUGCUAGUGGUUCUGGUGCUUCUGGUUCUGGCGCCCAAUCUGGCUCUGCUACUUCCACCGGCUCCGGCGCUUCUGGCUCCGGCACCCAAUCUGGUUCUGCUACUGCUAGUGGCUCUGGCGCCCAAUCUGGCUCUGCUACUUCCACCGGCUCCGGCGCUUCUGGCUCCGGUACCCAUUCUGGUUCUGCUACUGCUAGAGGUUCUGGUGCCUCUGGAUCAGGUGCUCAAUCCGGCUCCGCCAUACCCAGUGGUUCUGGCGCUUCUGGCGCUAAUUCCGCAUCGGUUACCCCGAGCGGCUCUGGUGCAUCUGGCACAGCAGCUCACUCUGCGUCUGUAUGCACUAGCAUCAUCACUACCGUUGGUCUUACUCCUAGUGCUACUGCUUGUGCUUGUGGUGAUGGACCCGGCAAGGGUCUUACUUCCGUUCUCAAUUCCGUGCUGCAAACUGUUCAAGCUCUGCUCAAUGGCCUUUCUGACAUUGCCGGCCAUAUCGCGCUUCUGGGUCCUUUGCUUGCUGCUGUCAUCGCUGCUGUCGAUGCUCUUCUCGGUGCCCUUAGUGGUAUCACCUGUCUCGCUGGUGAUGGACUGCUGUCAAUCUUCAAGAUCGUCGACAACUUGGUCACUGUUAUUGAGAAUGUUGCUCAACAGCUCGCUAACAGCAGCGGUAUCUUGGCCCCCAUUCUCAAGAACAUUCUAGAGUCGCUUAUCAAGAGUUUGAACACCAUUGUUGCCACACUUGCUGCUAUUCUUGCCAAAUCUGGUGGCUGCUACGACUGUGCCGACAUCGAUACCAUUAACAACCUUAUCAGCAGCGUCAACAAAAUUGGCUCUACGUUAUCGUCGCCUAUCGUCAUUCCGCUGUUGACGCCAUGCACUAACGGUCUUGUUACUUUGACGUCUGUUGGUCCUUGCUCAGCUAGUUCCAUGGCACCCUCUGGCUCUGGCGCUCAAUCUGGUUCUGCUACUGCUAGUGGUUCUGGUGCUUCUGGCUCUGGCGCUCAAUCUGGCUCUGCUACUUCCACCGGCUCCAGUGCUUCUGGCUCUGGGGUUCAAUCUGGUUCUGCUACUGCUAGUGGUUCUGGUGUCUCUGGUUCUGGCGCCCAAUCUGACUCUGCUACUUCCACCGGCUCCGGUACUUCUGGCUCAGGAGCUCAAUCUGGUUCUGCUGCUGCUAGUGGUUCUGGUGCUUCUGGUUCUGGCGCCCAAUCUGGCUCUGCUACUUCCACCGGCUCCGGCGCUUCUGGCUCAGGAGCCCAAUCUGGUUCUGCUACUGCUAGUGGUUCUGGUGCCUCUGGUUCUGGCGCCCAAUCUGGUUCUGCUCUCGCCACUGGCUCCGGCGCUUCUGGCUCUGGGGUUCAAUCUGGUUCUGCUACUGCUAGUGGUUCUGGCGCCUCUGGUUCUGGUGCCCAAUCUGGUUCUGCUCUCGCCACCGGCUCCGGUGCUUCUGGCUCUGGGGUUCAAUCUGGUUCUGCUACUGCUAGUGGUUCUGGUGCUUCUGGUUCUGGCGCCCAAUCUGACUCUGCUACUUCCACCGGCUCCGGCGCUUCUGGCUCAGGAGCCCAAUCUGGUUCUGCUACUGCCAGUGGUUCUGGCGCCCAAUCUGGUUCUGCUCUCGCCACUGGCUCCGGCGCUUCUGGCUCUGGGGCUCAAUCUGGUUCUGCUACUGCUAGUGGUUCUGGCGCCUCUGGUUCUGGCGCCCAAUCUGGUUCUGCUCUCGCCACUGGCUCCGGUGCUUCUGGCUCUGGGGUUCAAUCUGGUUCUGCUACUGCUAGUGGUUCUGGUGUCUCUGGUUCUGGCGCCCAAUCUGGCUCUGCUACUUCCACCGGCUCCGGCGCUUCUGGCUCCGGCACCCAAUCUGGUUCUGCUACUGCUAGUGGCUCUGGCACCCAAUCUGGUUCUGCUACUGCUAGUGGCUCUGGCGCCCAAUCUGGCUCUGCUACUUCCACCGGCUCCGGCGCUUCUGGCUCCGGUACCCAUUCUGGUUCAGGAGCCCAAUCUGGUUCUGCUACUGCUAGUGGUUCUGGUGCCUCUGGUUCUGGCGCCCAAUCUGGUUCUGCUCUCGCCACUGGCUCCGGCGCUUCUGGCUCAGGAGCUCAAUCUGGGUCUGCUCUCGCCACCGGCUCCAGCGCUUCUGGCUCAGGAGCUCAAUCUGGGUCUGCUCUCGCCACCGGCUCCGGCGCUUCUGGCUCCGGCGCCCAAUCUGGUUCUGCUACUGCUAGUGGUUCCGGUGCCUCUGGCUCUGGCGCCCAAUCCGGUUCUGUUGUCCCCACAGGCUCCGGCGCUUCUGGCCCCGGCGCGCAAUCUGGUUCCGUUGCUCCUACCGGCUCUGGUGCUUCUGACUCUGGCGCCCAAUCCGGUUUUGUGGUUCCCACCGGCUCUAGUGCCCCCACUGGCACUGGGGUAUUGUCAGGUUCUGAGGAGGUCUCCACGACUGUUGUCACUGAAUUCACUACUUACUGCCCUGAGCCUACAACUGUCUGCCCUGGUAAUGGCCACUGCUACACUGUCACUGAGCCCACUACUUUGACUAUCACUGACUGCCCGUGCACUCUCACCAAGCCACCUGCGAUGACUACAACUAUUGUGACUGAGUUCACUACUUAUUGCCCUGAGCCUACCACUGUCUGCCCUGGUAACGGCCGCUGCUACACUGUCACUGAACCCACUACUUUGACUGUCACUGACUGCCCAUGCACUCUCACCAAACCCCCUGCGAAGUCUACCACUAUCGUCACUGAGUUCACUACUUCCUGCCCUGAACCCACUACCUUCACUCAUGGAAGCCAGACAGUGACCGUAACCAGCGCUGGCCCCGUUACUCUCACGGAGACUGUCACUGUCCCCUGCGAGACCGAGACCCCUACCAACGUUCCUAUAUCAACUCCUAAGACUUCGGGUGCUGAGACUGCUCCUGCUCCAACUCUCAAGACUUCAGGUGCUGAGACUGCUCCCAGCCCUGCUGCUUCUGGCACUGAGGUGCGCCCCGCAAAUGGUGCUUCUAUUAAAGGCAUUUCAUUCGCUGCUAUCGUAGCCGGGGCUGUUUUUGUCUUCGCUUAA